UGAGAAGUCAGAAUCUUGCCUCUAUAGUGUCACUCUCAAUGUGAAUGUAUAUAUAUAUCCCCACUCACAAGGCCUGCGUCCGUCACCCUCUCCAAAGGUCAGCUUGUUUCAGCUUUCACUUGUAACUAUUUGAUUAUGUCUCACUCAGGUGCUCAAGGCAGCAUUGGCAGCCACUCGGCCAUAGGGCUGCGCAAUUCCAAGAUAUACCUCUACGAGUUUGAGAACUUCCAGGGCCGUAGGAUGGACCUGUUUGGAGAGUCCCGUAACUUGAUGGAGAAGGGUUUUGAGAGAAUUGGCUCCAUCAGGGUCGAGUGUGGGCCCUGGGUGGGUUAUGAGCAGCAGAACAUGAGUGGUGAGAUGUUUAUGCUGGAGAAGGGAGAGUACCCCCGGUGGGACACAUGGUCCAACAGCUACAGAUGUGACCGCAUCAUGUCAGUCAGGCCUGUCAAAAUGGACCCACAGGACCACAAGAUUUGCCUGUUUGAAUGCACAACCUUUGAGGGCCGUAAGAUGGAGGUUUGUGAUGAAGAUAUUCCAAGCUUGUGGUCUUAUGGCUUCCAGGACCGUGUUGCCAGCAUUCAAGUCACCGGUGGAACCUGGGUUGGCUACCAGUACCCUGGCUACCGUGGUUUCCAGUAUGUGCUUGAAUUUGGCUCUUUCAAGCACUGGAAUGAAUGGGGGGCCCACCAUCCCCAGAUCCAGUCCAUCCGCAGGGUGAGAGAUAUGCAGACGCACCGCCGGGGCUGCUUUGAGCUGACCGCCUAGAUGAGUCUGCCAACUGCAGGCUAACACGAGGGAAGAGCAAGAGGCUCGGUCUCAUUACGGCGCUAAACAUCCUCUGGAAAUUCUCAGCCAGCCACUAGCUACAGAAGCUAAUGGUUCCUCAACACUGUUAUUGUUUUACUGGUAGAGUUUGGAAGUAUGCAGAACUGUGAAUGACUCUGAAUGGGAUGAUAAAUUCUUCUGUAACGCUGGUAAAAACAAUAGCAAAGCUAUUUGUCUACAGACCUCAUAAAAAAAGAUUAUAUUAUAUUUAUGAACAAGAAGGGGGGGAUAAAGGGCAUGAAUAGAGUUAACGGUUUGUGUUUAUUAGUUUGUUAUAAUAAUAUUUGCAAUAAAACCCUUUGAUUUUUAUUUACAUACCUAUGUGUUUCAAGCUGAAAUUAUGCCGAUGAGCCUGUUCAGCAAAAUACUGCCCCUCUCUUGGGAUCCACUGAUUUAUUUAUUUAUUUAUUUCUAAGUAAAGGGAUCGACAGUUCUUUAACAUGUACUACCAUGGACAGCUCUCAUCUCUGUACUUGCCCUGCAGUAAGUUUACAAGGCAGGAGGAGGCACUAUCUCCUCAUCACUAGGUGGAAGCCUGGGUGACUGGAAGACGAUCUGUAAUUAGACCAGGGAUUGGCAACUCUGGAGGGCCACUGUGGUUCAUGUUUUUCUAUUUAAUCACACCCGUCUAGAAGUGGCUGCAUCAUUAACAGAGUUGUGCAAACCUUGAUGACAAGUUGGUGAUGACCAUUAAUUUCAAUCAAGUGUGUCAAAGCAGGGAAACAUCUAAAACAUGCAGGACAGUGGCCCUCGAGGACCAAAAUUGCCCAUCCGUGAAGUAGACAAAAGGAUGAAGGUUGUGCAGGGUUGUGGUAUACUGACGCUAAUAUCUUUUGUGCUGGCCUGUUUCAGCUCAUUGAUGGGACUGUUCAGAGAUUUUGCAUUUUACACUCUCUCAGGGAUGCUGGCAUCUGGAAAGCAACUUUCCAAUGGAAACAAAUUAAAUAAAAAACAUUAUAUGGACAUUA